CCGCCCCUCGCCCAGCCGCCCGAGAUGGGGACCCCCAGGCCCAGGCGUGCUGGUCACCAUGACAACAGAGACAGGCCCUGAUUCUGAGGUGAAGAAGGCUCAGGAGGAGGCCCCACAACAGCCUGAGGCUGCUGCUGCUGUGACCACCCCUGUGACUCCCGCAGGCCACGGCCACCCAGAGGCCAACUCCAAUGAGAAGCAACCGCCCCAGCAGGACGCUCGGCCUGCUGAACAGAGUCUAGACAUGGAGGAGAAGGACUACAGCGAGGCCGAUGGCCUAUCAGAGAGGACCACGCCCAGCAAGGCCCAGAAAUCACCCCAAAAGAUUGCCAAGAAGUACAAGAGUACCAUCUGCCGGGUCACUCUGCUCGAUGCCUCUGAGUACGAGUGUGAGGUGGAGAAGCAUGGCCGGGGCCAGGUGCUGUUUGACCUGGUCUGCGAGCACCUCAACCUCCUGGAGAAGGACUACUUUGGCCUGACCUUCUGCGAUGCUGACAGCCAGAAGGUACCUGGCUGGGGGCCGGCCGCGAGGAACUGGCUGGAUCCCUCCAAGGAAAUCAAGAAGCAGAUCCGGAGCAGCCCCUGGAAUUUUGCUUUCACAGUCAAGUUCUACCCCCCUGACCCAGCUCAGCUGACGGAAGACAUCACGAGGUACUACCUGUGCCUCCAGCUGAGGGCAGACAUCAUCACAGGCCGGCUGCCCUGCUCCUUUGUCACACACGCCCUGCUGGGCUCCUAUGCUGUGCAGGCAGAGCUGGGCGACUACGAUGCCGAGGAACAUGUGGGCAACUACGUCAGUGAGCUCCGCUUUGCUCCUAACCAGACCCGGGAGCUGGAGGAGAGGAUCAUGGAGCUGCACAAGACAUACAGGGGCAUGACCCCAGGAGAAGCAGAGAUCCACUUCCUCGAGAAUGCCAAGAAGCUUUCCAUGUAUGGAGUUGAUCUGCACCAUGCCAAGGACUCUGAGGGCAUUGACAUCAUGUUAGGCGUCUGUGCCAAUGGUCUGCUCAUUUACCGGGACCGGCUGAGAAUCAACCGAUUUGCCUGGCCCAAGAUUCUUAAGAUCUCUUACAAGAGGAGUAACUUCUAUAUUAAGAUCCGGCCUGGGGAGUACGAGCAGUUUGAGAGCACGAUUGGCUUUAAGCUCCCAAAUCACCGGUCAGCCAAGAGACUGUGGAAGGUCUGCAUUGAGCAUCACACGUUCUUCCGGUUGGUGUCCCCUGAGCCUCCACCAAAGGGCUUCCUGGUGAUGGGCUCCAAGUUCCGGUAUAGUGGGAGGACCCAGGCACAGACCCGCCAGGCCAGUGCCCUCAUUGACAGGCCUGCACCCUUCUUUGAGCGUUCUUCCAGCAAACGGUACACCAUGUCCCGCAGCCUUGAUGGAGCGGAGUUCUCCCGCCCGGCCUCAGUCAGUGAAAACCAUGAUGUAGGGCCUGAUGGUGACAAGCGGGAAGAGGAUGCAGAGUCCGGAGGACGGCGGUCAGAGGCUGAGGAAGGAGAGGUCAGGACCCCCACCAAGAUCAAGGAGCUAAAGCCGGAGCAGGAAACCACGCCGAGACACAAGCAGGAGUUCUUGGACAAGCCAGAGGAUGUCCUGCUGAAGCACCAGGCCAGUAUCAACGAACUCAAGAGGACCCUGAAGGAGCCCAACAGCAAACUGAUCCACAGGGAUCGAGACUGGGAGCGGGAGCGCAGGCUGCCAUCCUCACCUGCCUCCCCCUCCCCCAAGGGCACUCCUGAGAAAGCCAACGAGAGAGCAGGGCUGAGGGAGGGAUCGGAGGAGAAAGUCAAACCACCACGUCCUCGGGCCCCAGAGAGUGACACAGGAGAUGAGGACCAGGACCAGGAGAGGGACGCAGUGUUCCUGAAAGACAACCACCUGGCCAUAGAGCGCAAAUGCUCCAGCAUCACGGUCAGCUCCACAUCCAGCCUGGAGGCUGAGGUGGACUUCACGGUUAUUGGUGACUAUCAUGGCAGCGCCUUCGAAGACUUCUCUCGCAGCCUGCCUGAACUCGACAGAGACAAAAGCGACUCUGAAACUGAGGGCCUGGUGUUCUCCCGGGAUCUCAAGGGGCAGGAUGAUGAGUCUGGGGGCAUCGAGGACAGCCCAGACCGAGGGGCUUGCUCUACCCCGGAUAUGCCCCAGUUUGAGCCUGUGAAAACAGAAACCAUGACUGUCAGCAGCCUGGCCAUCAGAAAGAAGAUUGAGCCAGAGGCCAUGCUGCAGAGCAGGAUCUCCACUGUGGACCACACCCAGCAGGUUGAUGGGAGUACCCCAGUGGGGAAGGAGUUCAUGACAACCACCCCCUCCAUCACUACGGAGACCAUAUCCACCACUAUGGAGAACAGUCUCAAGUCCGGGAAGGGGGCAGCUGCCAUGAUUCCAGGCCCACAGACGGUGGCCACGGAAAUCCGUUCUCUUUCUCCGAUCAUCGGGAAAGAUGUCCUCACCAGCACCUACGGCGCCACCGCGGAAACCCUCUCAACCUCCACCACCACCCAUGUUACCAAAACUGUGAAGGGAGGAUUUUCUGAGACAAGGAUUGAGAAGCGAAUCAUCAUUACUGGGGAUGAAGAUGUGGACCAAGACCAGGCCCUGGCUUUGGCCAUCAAGGAAGCCAAGCUACAGCAUCCUGACAUGCUGGUAACCAAAGCUGUCGUAUACAGAGAGACAGACCCAUCCCCCGAGGAGAGAGACAAGAAGCCACAGGAAUCCUGACCUCCGUGAAGGGGUGCUGGCAUGUCUGGUCCAACCCACGCCAGAAAACCAUUAAGAAGGGGCCUUCAAUCUGGAUUCUCCGACACCAACACUCAUGUCCCAGCUGCAACGUACUGUCACUGAUGAGAGACUGGGAAGGGAAAGCAUAUAUAUAUAGAUAUAUAUAGAUAUAGAUAUAUAUACAGGAAACACCGCGUCCUUGCACUGCUGCUGGGGCUGGCGGAGCAGUCGGCCGACAGCAACAACCAACAUCUGCCACAACCUACAUUUCCUUUGCAGACAAAUUGAAUAAUUGGUGGGAUUUUUCAGGAAAAAAAAAAUGACAACAACCAUAAUCCCUUCCUCUCCAUGUUCUUCUGCAAACCACAAAAGCAAGCCAGACCACGAUGAUUGUAGAAGUUCCAUUCAACCCUGGUUGUGCACAGUCCAGUCCGUGGACGAGCGUUCCAUUUGUUCUUCUCCAUCAACUGUUGCCCCCUCAAAUGCAAAGGAAAACAAUCAUGCAGCCAAGCAAGAGAAGUCGCAGCAGCAAGUCACACACAGGCAACCAUUCUCCAAGAAGGAAAGAAAGAAAAUCUCCCACUUGGAAAAGAGGAGCAGGAACACUGGAUUAYUGUUUUCUGGGUCUUGACACUGGGCUGCAAAAUCCACCUUCUUUUCUUCCGCCUCCCCUCAUCCUCAACUCUCACACGUCUUGUCGUCAUUUUUUUGUCUCGGCUCCCUCCUGCCCCUAUCCUGCCCCAUCUCCCCCUCUGUGUCCUGGUCCUGCUGAGGGCCACUGCAGAUGACUCUCAUUUGAAACAAGAAAAAGAAAAGAAGAGAAAGCAAGAACAGAAAAUGAAGCCGCGGRAAGGGAAGUAGACAUUGUAUGUUUCUGGUUUCUCUUGAUGAAGGUGCAGCUCGUAGGAGAUUUGUAUGGAUGUGCUUUUAAGUUAUGUAUAUUACAUAUAACAGGAAACAAAUAUUAAAAUAAACAGUGAUGGUAAGUAUGAAGCUGACAUUUUAAAAUUAUAAUUAUCUGACUGUGAUUGAUGUAUCCCAAGGUCCCUAGAUCUUGCUGAACUAGCCCAGCUGAGGAGACCUGGACUUUGGGUGCAGCGGCUCCCAGUUGGGGCUGAUGGGUUCAGUGUAGUAAUACUGUGUGUGGUGUUUGUAAUUGGGUGAUUGGUGGGGAGAGUGGGGCCCCCAGUGGAGACAUGGGGGCUCACCAAGAAGGAAAUAACAGAGGCCUGAAUAUGCCGGUCCAAGAUGCCUUCUCCCCCCAGCAGUAGCAGCCAGGACCUGCUCUGUGCUCAGAUCCAGUGUCCAGAGUUGGGACUCUGCUGCUGAGGUCCCCACAGUAGAGGUCCCCUAGCUCAGUCCUCCUACCUCCCUAGGGGGCUUGCCUUGAUUUUCAGUCCUCUCUUUGUUUUAUUAUGAUGAUUUUUUUUUUUGCCAUGUCUUGCCCUUCCCUGAUGACUAGCUCCACACCCGAAGGGAGGUGGUGCCCCUGGCCAAGGUAGAAGAUGGUGGCACUAACCUGGCUCCGUGAAAUGCCCAGCUCAGUCUUCUCCUCUUCUCCUUUCAUAUUCUGAGUCAUUCUCUUUUUCCUGGGCCAAAGUAGCCAUGAUGAAAAGGCCAUGAACACAGGACAGACCCCAGUAGGUCAAAACUGCAUUUCCAAAGGCCUCCCCUACCCCUAACAAUGGAGAGCAAAGGGCAAUGUUGUCCAAAGGCUCCGUCUCUGUGUAAGAUCCUGACCCAGGAGACCUCCUGCUCAGUCUGCAUCUGAGCUCUGAGCCUUUGCCCUGGAAGUCCCAGCAAUUGUCUUGAGACCACAGAAGCCCUUGGAUAAGCCCUGUUACAAGCUUGGCAUUGCCCCCUGGCACACAUGAGCUCCCUCAGGCUUGCCUGCUCAGGGAGAAUCUCCUUCUGAGAGAAAAUGUCCCACAGCACUUUAAUUUCUCAGCCUUGCUUCUAAAGUGGUCAAUAAAUUCAUACAACAAAUAUUUAUUGAGUACCCAUUUGGGCCAGGCACUGUUCUCAGGAGGAAAGAGAAAGUGUGAAGGAGAGGAGAGAUCUGGAAAAUCACCUUGACCAGCCUUAUGUUCGCAGCCGUGCCUGGCCCAUCUGAGAGCCUUUUCCCAACUCAUUUGACAUACCCAGGGAUGUCCUCCAGAGGGCCCAGCAUAGAUGUACCCCACUUGGCUUCUCAGUUAACCCUAUAAUGUAUACCUUAGCAAUUUAACUGGUGCUGACCUGAAAUAGAACAAGAAACUAGAAUAUCUUUUGUCUCUGUGGGCAAAUGGGAAGUAGAGCAAAUCUCUCAGAUUGCAGGGUUGACCAUGUCCCCCACUGCUGCCUGGUGMAGGCCAGUGGAUCCACUGAACUCCCUCUAAGUGCAGCAGCACACUCUAUCUACCAGGAUUUGUAGAGAAGCCACAGAACUUUCUUCCUGUCCUUCUCAACCUAAGAAUUCCCACUCUUCCUGGGCCAAGAACUGGAAUGGCUCCAUCCUCUCAGAGCCACUAGGAUUUUGGCUCAGGCCCCACUGUCUGCAAGAACCAGGCAUCAUGAGCACACUGGAGACACCUCAAAGGGAGGAUAUUUGUUCUGGGUUUUGCACCUGCCUACAGACACUGGGCUUCAGGGUGGGGAUGAAGUGACUGGGCUUAGCUUGUGGGCCACCAGGGUUUGGGGAGAUCCCCAUCCCAUGGAUGCUGUGACCUUCCUUCUAUGGAGUAGCAAGCAGGGACACCAGGGAAAAGGGAACCUACAAAGCUGAAAUCUAGGGCACUAUUUCCUCCUCCUCUCCAUAGAGAAUAGAGACGUUUGUCUUGUCUGUCUUCAACCUAUUUUUCCUUUUUUAUACUUCUCAUCCUUUCUGUGCUGCCUCUCCAUCUGGGAGGCUGGGUAGCAUAGCGGGAAAAGUCCUGGAGGGCAGUCAAGGUUCUAGGUGACCAUUCUGACUCAGCCCCUGACUCACCAUCUGACCUUGGGUUAGUCGCAUUCCUCCUUUGGCCACUGAGCCCCACUUGUGAAAUGAGCAGGGUGAACUAGAUACUCUCCAGGGUUUAUUCCCACUCUGCCAUCCUAGCAAUCUUUAUUUUCUCUUAUUUUGCUUUCUCUGGAUCUUUUCCAUCUGAGGGUACAGAAAGUGCCAGGACCUGUUUCAGUUUUUGAAUCCUGCAAGUACAUUCCAAGACUGGCCUGAAAUUGCAUGAGCAACAUCACUCUAAAUAAUUUUUUUUUCCAAAGCACCUUACCAACCAACUGCGAUGCUGUCCUGUUCCUUUUUACUCACACCCCUUCUCCUCUCUCGUCCCCACGCUCCCCCACCUCAGUGCUCCGUGCUGUAUGCGUGUGCUCUCUGUUCUUGUAUACUCAAUAAAAGUGA